CAAGAAGAUGAUGAUGGCAUUCACGCUGACGGUUUCCUCUCUGUUUCUCGCUUGCGAAAGUGCCCUGCCUCAAAAUGCAGAAGAGCGGCUAGCUAACUACCUUUUACAUCCAGAUCGCUAUAAUAGACUCAUCAGACCUGCAAAAAACAGCAGCGAGAUAGUCACCAUUGCAAUAAAAGUGUCCUUGUCACAGCUAAUAAGUGUGAAUGAGAGGGAACAGAUAAUGACAACAAAUGCCUGGCUCACCCAGGAGUGGAAUGACUAUAGACUAAGAUGGGAUCCUGCAAACUAUGAAGGGAUCGAUAAACUCAGAAUAUCUUCUCGACAUCUUUGGCUCCCUGAUAUAGUAUUAUAUAACAAUGCUGAUGGAACCUAUGAAGUGUCACUUUAUACGAAUGCAAUUGUGUACAACAACGGAGACGUGUUCUGGCUGCCUCCUGCCAUCUAUAAGAGCGCCUGCAGAAUUGAAGUGAAGCACUUCCCUUUCGAUCAGCAGAACUGCACCCUGAAAUUUCGAUCGUGGACAUACGAUCGCACUGAAAUUGAUUUAGUCCUAAGCAGCGACGUUGCAAGCAGAGAUGACUUCAAACCCAGUGGAGAAUGGGAUAUUGUCUCCCUUCCAGGGAGAAGGAAUGAGAUACCAACUGACCCAACAUAUGUUGAUAUUACAUAUGAUUUUAUCAUCAAGAGAAAGCCAUUAUUUUAUACCAUUAACCUGAUCAUCCCCUGUGUGCUGAUAACGUCUCUUGCGAUCCUGGUGUUCUACUUGCCCUCAGAUUGCGGUGAGAAAAUUACGCUCUGCAUUUCUGUCCUGCUGGCAUUAACUGUCUUCUUACUGCUCAUCUCCAAGAUUGUUCCUCCAACCUCUCUGGAUGUGCCCCUGUUAGGCAAAUACCUGAUGUUUACCAUGGUGCUGGUCACCUUCUCAAUAGUUACCAGUGUCUGUGUAUUGAAUGUGCACCAUCGGUCACCCAGUACCCACACCAUGCCCGAAUGGGUGAAGCACAUGUUUCUCAAAAAGCUGCCCACCCUCUUAUUCAUGACGCGCCCAAAGAGUCGAAGUCUGAAGGACAGAAUCAGCAGGGAGCAGACAUCAGCUUGUCCAAAUGGCAAGGAGGAUCACACCGAUGUUCAAACGUGCUACAUCAACCCAGAGUCAACAAAGGAAUACAGCUGGCAUUUAGGCGAUCUGUCAGACCAUCAAGAUCUAAGGAAGAAGGGAUCAACAAAGGUCAAUUCCAGCAUUCAAGAGGCAGUUGAUGGUGUUAGAUUCAUAGCAGAACAUAUGAAGAGUGAAGAUAAUGAUCAGAGUGUCAUUGAAGACUGGAAGUAUGUUGCUAUGGUAAUCGAUCGUCUGUUUUUGUGGAUAUUUGUGCUUGUAUGUGUAAUUGGCACAUUAGGACUCUAUCUUCAACCUUUAUUUCAAAAUCACGUCCCACCAAAUACAUUCUCUGAUGUGGAAUAAUUGUUUUUCCUUGCAUGAUUUUCCAAA